GCAUCGUUCACUCGCUGACUGCGACGGCCUGAAGGUUUACUCUUAGAAAGGAAAGAAAAAAGCAGUAAAAUAUUCCUCUGKGUAUCGAUGUAUUUASUGAACUGGCCMUCCUAGUAGUUUAAGAAGUCCAUAAAGAGAUUUUCAAGGUAUUCGUGGCCCUAAUAGGGUAUCAGUAUGGCGUCAAAUGCCAGGAGUUCUAUGAUGGGUAUUAAAGUGGAAAAUGGGAAGAAUGGAGGAGAGACGAUGGAAGUUCAAGACAAAGCUCAACACGUGCAAGGAAACGAUCAAAACGACAGCGAUGAAGAAUACCACGAACCCGGCAUGCGAGUAGGCUCCGAGUACCAAGCGGUCAUCCCCGACUUGGCUUCGGAUGAGCAAAAUGACACAGAUAUUAAACACAACGCUUUAUUAGUAUGGGCCCCAGCAAGAAAUAUACCUGACGCAAAAUUGGAAGAAUAUUUAAGAAUAGCUAAAGAUAAACAUGGAUAUAAUGUAGAGCAGGCUCUUGGUAUGCUUUUUUGGCAUAAACAUAAUGUUGACAAAUCUCUAACUGAUUUGUCUAACUUCACUCCAUUUCCUGAUGAGUGGAGCAUGGAAGACAAAGUAUUGUUCGAACAGGCAUUUGGAUCUCAUGGUAAAAGUUUUAAAAGAAUACAACAAAUGCUUCCAGACAAAGCUGUAAGCAGCUUGGUAAAAUAUUACUACUCCUGGAAGAAGACAAGAAGUAGAACUAGCUUGAUUGACAGACAAGCAAGAAGAUUAGCUGUCAAGGAAUAUACGGAGCCCAACAGUGAUAACAGUGAUACCAGUGACAGUGACUUUGAGCCAGAAAAGGAGCAAAGGCAAUCAAAUGGGCAAGUGAAACCAAGAACCCCUACCAAACAACCACAGACUCAACCUUUGCUAAUCACCAGUACCUGUAGUAAUAUACAUUGCAAUGUUCAAAGCCACCAAGUCCAUAGUACUCCCAAAGGAAACCUUUGUAGUGCAUGUUACCARUAUUGGAAACGAACAGGUGUAAUGCGACAGCCAAGAAUGGGAGGUCGUGAGGAGAGAACAGGCCCAAGAGGAAACAAACUGAAAAGAAAGCCACCUAAAGGAAUGAACCUAUCACAUGACCACUUGAUGUCUAUAUCUUAUACUCAUGGCGAUGCUCAUCUGAAACCUCUCGACAAUGAGCUCACCAAUCUUAAACGACAAAUCCAGUCAAAUAAGCAAAUAAUCAGCCAAAACAAGUACUCCGUGGAAGUUGGCAUUGAUGAUUUUAGAUUGGGUGACCUUAAUAAUAAAAAUAACACAAGAUGGAGCAACGAAGAGCUGCUUCUAGCUGUUCAGUCUGUGAGGAAAUACGGCAAGGACUUUCAAGCAAUGGCUGAAGUAUUGGGAAACAAGAGYGUUGGUCAGUGUCGCAACUUCUUUGUGAACUACAGACGGCGUUACAAUUUACAGGAAGUCUUAGAGGAGUAUGAAGCAGAGCAGGGUAUUACUAGUAGUGACAAGAAAGACGGYGAGAUGCUUCCUUCACGCAUGACAGGAUCUCCAGGGUUGGCUUCCUCACCAAGUCCACAUCAGACUUCAUCGCCUCCCAUCACCUCUCAAGGUAUCCCRGGACAACCACCACCACUUCUCAAGCCCUCAGGUGGACAAGGUCAGAGGCAGCCWCCACCAUUACAAGCCCAGAAUGUAUCCAGAGUAGGUCAAUCUGCSUCUCCUCUUCAAGGACCUCCUCCGUUGAUAAAGCCCGCAGGSAGGCCUCCCAUGCAGCAACAGGACUUUGGAAGAACAAUGACUCCCUGAUMAAAAACAAUAGCAAGAUUAAUCAGAGUACGGGACAAGGAUGUCAAUAUGUAGUUAAUGCAUAACGCAUUGUGUUUUGUGCUACAGGUGUGUUUAUGUGACACCUUUUUUGAAUAUUAUAAAUCGCUGAUUGUAGUUUUGAUGGGGUUGUGUAAUUGCAACUAUUUUGAUAAAUAAUCACGAAAAUUACCCAGCUUACUUUAUUUACCAACAAUAACGUCCUUUAGAAUGCAACAGAGUAGUUUGUCAUACUUAUUUGCUAAAAGCACUAUUGUUGCUGAAAAAUUUUUCAAAAGUUUUUUUUUUUCAUCAUCUGUGCUAUUAGCUGCAUUUGUUACAAGGAUACAUAUUUCUUGUAAUCUAUUGUAAGAUUAUGUUUAUGUUUUUA